UCCAUCCAGGGUAGGGCAGGCUGCAGGGGGCAGGGCUCCAAUUGCAGGGGAGACCAGAGGGGAGGCGCAUCGCCGGAGACCCGCUCAAACCCUCUCCUGACACAGACAGACCGACGGACGGAGGCAUAUGCUGAGGCAAACAGUUGUGCGCUCGCUCUCCGAUGUGAGCCGAAUUCAGAAAAAAACAAAACGUUUUGCUUGCAAGACCCGCGGAGUUCUAUUCCAAUAGCGUGUAUCAGUUGGUUUUCUUCUGUUAUGCGAGUGGAUUUUCUUUGGAAGGAAUAACGUUUUUAUUUGAGUAUAUACUAUUAUUAUUUGAAUUUUUUACCCCGUUAUAUCGAGCUGCAGUGAACUCCGGAAGAGUUGAUAAGGACGCACAUUCAGGAUGUCCCAUAUCUCCGUCAACGACCACCUGGAGGGGAUUUUAUCAGACUUCGAAGCUUUGAAAAGAUCCUUCGACGUCGAUGACGUGGACGAGCAUCCUCCCUUCUCCCCCUCCUCCCCCGUUCCCUCCCCCCUCUCCUCCACCUCCCUCCUCAACAAGACCAACGAGGGUCGAGGGUUCCCCACCUCCAACCACGGCUCCCCUGCCUUCCGCUCCCGGAUCAGUCUUGGUACCAACCCCAGCCCUGCCCAGAGCCCUGUAUUCAAGUCCCGCAUGGUCUCCAGUCUCUCCUUCAACAGAGCCAUGAACAGACCCACCAUCAACAACAAUGGAGGGAGCUCCGGAGGCAUCACCAGGGCCUCUUCCUUCCAGAACAAGUUCAACCCUAAGGGUUUCUCCUCCUCUCUCUCUGGCCCAGGCAGCGAUAAUGAUAGUCUCCAUAGCUCCUCUUCUAGUCUGGAGUAUUCCAUCCAGGGAGGUGGAGGAGAAGGAGGAGGAGGGGUACCUCCAGGCAAGCCAGGGUCUCUGUCCUACUUCACUAGCCCACAGAUGGAGCAGCGUCCUGGGCAGCAGCGUGGCGUGGGCCUGGGGAUGGGGAAGAAGUUCUCUUCCCAUGGGAGUGUGUUUCACUCUGAGCUAGAGGGGCCUAUGGGGCUGGGAGCUCCAGAGCCCAGGGGAGUCAGCCACGGAUCCAUGCCCAGUCUGGACCUCCAGAUCGGGGAAGGAGGAGGCGGGGUGAUGGGGGUGCGGGGGCUGGAGGUGGAGGGGUGAGGUAUGGCAACGCCAAUGUGGGUUUGAAUGGCGGAUCCCAGCGCCAUUAUAACACCAGUCCCUUUGGGAAGGAAGGAUGCUACUCUCCCAAUCAGAACCACAACAGCUACCAGGCCCAGCCCAAACCCAAAGAGACGCAGCGUCUCAACAAGUUUCCCCUGGAUCUAGACAGUCUGGUGGGGGUGAAGACGCCCCAGCCCAGCCCCCGUCC